AUGACCAGCCAAAGACAGAAGCGAAGAGGCCAUGUACACGAAAAUGGCGCUACGGAUAAUCCAAUUCCCAGUGAAGCUCAAACAGUUGACUUAGAGAAGGUGCAAAGCAAAGCAGCUACAGAGGCCGAUCGAAUAGCGUUCCAAGUCAAAUGGGACGAGAACGACUCCAAAAACCCCAAGAAUUGGAGCCCCUAUUUCAAGCUCUGGAUGACAUUUAUGAUGGGUCUAUUGGCAUUCACAGGAUCAGUUGGGUCUGCCAUCACUAAUCCGGCUGAAGAGGCACUUGUAAAGCAUUUUAACAUAUCUUCUGAGGUUACAGUACUUACAAUGUCACUUUUUAUCCUUGGAUUUGCUUUCGGUCCUAUGUUUUGGGCACCUAUUAGUGAGGCAUAUGGCCGCAAAUGGUCGAUGCUGCCACCCGUAUUUAUUCUUGGCCUCUUCAGCAUCGGGUCUGCCACGAGUGAAAGUGUUGCAGCUCUGUUUGCCACCCGUUUCUUGGGCGGAUUCUUUGGCUCGGCCCCUAUUAGCAAUGUCGCAGCGGUGCUAGGAGACUUCUAUACGCCUGAGAGCCGGGGGACUGCGAUGAGUUUCUAUGCUAUCUGCGUUGUGGGUGGUCCAACUCUUUCGCCUGUAAUCGGAGCUGCCAUUACAGCCAAUAAACAUAUGGGUUGGCGAUGGACCGAGUACUUGGAAUCCAUUAUCGCUUUCUUUGCGGUAGCACUAGCAUUCUUUACACUACCAGAAACCUAUGGGCCUGUCUUGUUGAAGCGUAAGGCAAAGCAUCUGCGAGAAAUAACAGGGGAUGGCCGUUGGUGGCAUCCGCACGAAAGCGAGAGAAUCAACCUGCGGAAUGUUGUUACAAAACACUUCAGCCGACCCCUCCGAAAGUUCUUUUCUGAAAUCAGCAUGCUACUUACCGAACCUAUAGUCACAUGCGUGGCGCUCUACGCCUCCUUCGUCUACAGUUUGAUGUUUUUAAUGCUGGAAGUCUUUCCAAUUGUAUUCCGAGAAGAACGCGGAUUUGGCCCUGUUGUGGCCAGUUUGCCAUCUCUAGGCCUCUUUGUCGGUGUCCUUUGUGCAUCCUGCCUGAAUAUCCUCUUUCAGCCUAUGUAUAUCAAGGCUGUCCGGAAAAACAAAGGUCGUGCAGUACCAGAGGCUCGAUCACCACCUAUGCUUGUUGGUGGGAUCUUAUUUACCACGGGGAUAUUUUGGUUUGGAUGGACGGCCGAGCCAUCGCACCCGUGGAUAUUGCCUGUUGUGGCUUCUUCGUAUGUUUACAGCGUUUAUUAG